AUGCAAGGUCGUAAGGAGUACAAGAGGUAUGGUCUCAUCUUCACAUGCUUCCUCUCACGUGCAGUCCACAUUGAGAUGCUUGAAGAUUUAGCUACAGACUCCUUCAUCAAAGCCUUAAAGUGUUUCAUCAAUUUGAGAGGAGCCAAUGGCCAACUUUACUGUGACCAAGGCACGAACUUCAUAGGAGCAAAGAACGAAUUAAAAGAAGCUCUGAAGCAGUGUGACACCAAGACACCGGAAGCUUUCCUAGCUGAUAAACAGUGUGAGUUUAUCUUCAUUGCCCCCUCUGCAAGUGAUGCAGGUGAAGUCUGGGGACCCCAAAUUAGGACCAUUCGUAAUGUGCUAAGUGCCACAACCGUUCAGUGUUUAAGUAGACUGGAUGAUACUUCUCUUAAAACACUAUUUUAUGAAGCUAUGGCCAUUGUUAAUAGUUGUCCUUUAACUGUCAAUGGAAUCAACGACCUCAAAGCACCAGAACCUCUAACUCCAAACCAUCUCAUCCUGAUGAAAUCCAAGGUUGCAUUACCCUCCAUCCAGGAAGUUCGUAAAGGAAGAUGUGUAUGGAGCUAA